AUGGAGAUUAUAGAGCUCUACAAGUCCAAGAAGGUAAAAUUGGGUGAUGGGAAUACGACCGAUGAUAUAAUAAGUGAAUUAUGUGAUGAUAUUCUUAUCAUGAUAUUGGAUUUUCUCACACUCAAAGAAGCGGUCAGAACCAGUGUUCUUUCACGCAGAUGGCAACAACUUUGGCAAUUUUUUUCAGGUAGUUUCAGUUUUGAAGCUAGUUAUAGCAGGGGUUUGAACAAGGAGAAGCUGAAAACGGAAAGGAGUAGGUUUGUGGGAAGGAUCAACAAAGUUCUAAACUCACAUCAAGUUUCAACCAUACUUGAGUUGAGAGUUUCUUUCGACUUAGGCAAGCAUUCGAAAAGUUAUGUGGAUGAGUGGAUUGGCAUCGCAUUGAAGAAGAAGGUUAAAAAGCUUGAACUGGCAUUCGAACCAUAUUUCACAAGUUAUCAUAAGCUUCUUUAUACGUGUUACCGCAUCUCAAAAGAAAGCUUUUCAUGCUUCACAACCUCUUCUGGUUCACCUGGAACUCUGUUCCUUAGGUGUCUUUCUUUACAAUAUGUUGGGGUAAGUGAUGAGAAUGUGGAGUAUAUUCUUUCCAGUUGUCCCAUGCUUGAGAGCUUGCAUGUGAGAAUGUCACCACUGCUUAGAGAUCCUAAAGUUACAGGUUCAUCAUUGCGGUUGAAACACUUGAACAUACAAAGCUGUGAGUUUGUCCAAAGUAUUGAGGUUUAUGCACCAAAUCUUGCUUCAUUUGAAUAUUAUGGAAAGGAAAUACCAUUGCAUGUAAGGUAUGCGCCCAAACUCCAUGAAGUAUGUUACUUUGAUCCACUAAACUACAGCAUUCCACAUGCCUUUUCCCAGCUAGCAAAUUAUCUUCCUCAGUUAGUGAGUCUGACGCUAAACACGUCCUUUGAUUGGCCGAGUCUCUUAUUGCAAGCCCACGACUUUCCCAAGUUGACGAGUCUUCGGCACUUGAGCUGUAUUGAUUUUUUCUUUAGAGGAAAACGCGUCCCAUGUAUAACACCUGUGAUAGAGGCUGCCCCUUCGUUGCACAAAUUCAAACUAGAGUAUCAUAAUUUAAAUAAAAUUGAGAAAUAUAAAUUGCGAGGGGUGAUGAGGAGGGUGAGAGGGCAUCCCAAUCAGUACCUAAAGGAAGUGGAAGUAAUUGGAUUCUACGGGAAGGAAGCAGAUGCUGAAAUUGUUACCUACUUACUUAAAAGUGCAUUUAUGCUUGAAAAGAUUGUAAUUGAUACUCGUCCUACAAAGAUUGGUCAUCCCGAGGAGUUCGAGACUGUGCAAAAAAUGGCCAAAAAUGUGGCCCGUCAGCUCAUGCAAAAACAAAAUCGAGCGGGAGCUGAAUUUGUUAUACUCUAA